AUGAGAUUCACUUGGUGGACAUUGGCCUCGGCCGCCGUUGUGUUGGCGGCGCCGGCUCCCCAGGCUCCGGGACAAACGCCAACUCCCACAAGCAGCGGAACGCCGACAACGCCCAGCGCUCCCAACGGAACGGUUCCUGGCGGCAAUGCUGAGGCAUGUGCUCAGAUUCAGCCCAAGGUCCAACAAUUUCUCAUGGCGAGCCCGAAAGCAACACCCCAAGUGCCAGCUCAGUUGGCCUUUGACUGCCUCCAGACGGUGCCGAAUAAGAAGGGCCCGGCCAAGGACCUGGUCAAGAGUUUGAAAGCCUACGUGCAAUGGCAAUCCACGCUGUCAUGGCUCAAGAACCCGCCGGCGUCGUAUAUGUUACCGCCUACCGAUAUCGAGGGCGGCCUGGAUGAGAUUGAGAAGAAGGCAGAGGCCGGCUCGUACAAGAGCGAAUACGAGUUCCAGCUUGCCAUUUUCCAGCUGAUUGCUUCGGCUCACGACGGUCACUUUGCCUUCCGUGGUGAUGUGUUCAAGGGCUUCAGCUUCCGCAACAACCUCGCUGCCGAUAUUGUGUCGGUCUCGCGCGAUGGUGUUGAAGUGCCUAAGCUGUACCAUCUUGCCCAGCUUGAUGGCAACUCCACCGCCCCCGCCAUCGUCAGGAUCAACGGCAGAGAUGCUGCCACCAUGAUCGCAGACCUGAACCUGAAGUUCAGCGGUUACCAGGACCCCGACUCUCAAUGGAACGCCAACUUCAAGUCGUACGCGUCGAAGGAAAGCUUCAUCGUCGUCGCCGCCUCCCUCGCUUUCCAGGGCCCCAAGGUGACAAUCACCUACGACAACGGCGAGGAGCGCUCCGAGGACAGCUUCGCUCUCAUCCGCACCGGCGCAAACUUCACUGGCGUCAACAGCGGCGAGGACUACUACAACAAGUUCUGCAACCCCGACUCGCCCGCCAAGCCCCAGCCGUCGCAGCCUGGCAUGAAGCCUAACCAGACGACGCCGACCCCGCCAAAGACUUCAGGCCCGCCGCCCCCUCCUAAGCCGACAAUUGAGGGAUACCCCUUCCCAAUUGUCCGUGAUAGUGGUGCCAACACCACGUCCGGAUACUUCCUCAAUGGAACGGGAUACGAUGACGUUGCCGUACUCGCUGUUUCGUCUUUCGCUCCUCCCGACUCCAUUGACGCUACUGAGUACUUGACCAACUUCCAAAGCACCGUCGCCACGUUCUUGAAGAAGAGCAAGGACGCCGGGAAGAAGCGUCUCGUUAUUGAUGUCGCUGCCAACGGUGGUGGUUUCGUCGUUGCUGGUUACGAGCUCUUCGCUCAGCUGUUCCCUGAGGUCAACCGCUUCCAGGCCAACAACUUGCGUCUGUCCGAAGGUCUCACUACUCUUGCUCGUCUUUCCGCCGCCAUCCCUGCCAACUUCACGCCUACCACGCCCGAGGAGAAGGAUGCCCUUGAAGCUCUAGGCGGCAGCUCCAUCGUCAGCAACCUGCUUCCUGGAGGCGUCUACACACCGGAUGAAGCCGCCUUCACGACUGUUGACCAGAUCUUGGCACCGGUCUCGCUGAACGGUGACACCUUCACUGCGUACCAGCAGGCACCACUCAACCAGACCGACCCCACCUUCAACCUCACCGGCGUCGGCAGCAAAGCCAACCCGCCCCCUCGCGUCUUCGACCCUGAGAAUGUGGUCCUCUUCACUGAUGGUACCUGCGGCUCAACCUGCACGAUCUUCUCCUACCUCAUGAUCCUUCAAAUGGGCAUCAAGACCACCGUCAUCGGCGGCCGCCCCCAAUCUGGUAUCAUGCAGUCCAUCGCUGGUGUCGAAGGCGCCCAGGUCUUCGCCUUCAACGACAUGACCACCGACGCCAAGGCCAUCAUCGCCCUCACCCCCAAGGACAAGAAGGAAGAAAUCAUGAACGGCGAGCUCGGCGAGCUGGCGAAGGGCUACGCCAUCAAGCGCGCGACCACGCCCAAGAGCGCCGGUGCCAUCAACGCAAAGAACGCCUACAGUAUGUCCGACGCCAGGACGCCGCUGCAAUUCCUCUGGGAGCCGGCCAACUGCCGCAUCUUCUACAGCCGCGAGAUGCUCUUCAAGCCCGAUAACGCGUGGAAGCGCGUCGUCGACGCCACAUGGAGCAACCCCACGCAAUUCUGCGUUGCGGGCUCUCAGGUGCCUGUCACGAAGAAUGCUACGAUGGAUCCCCUGUUCAGACAGAGCCAGAACAACACCGGCUUGCCUGGUGCUGGCAAGAGUGCCGCAGCUGAGAGUAUCUCCGGUGCUGGACUCAGACUCGCGGUUCUCAUCGCGACGUUCACGGUGGCGGUUUUGGCCAUGUAG